AUGAGCGCAAUCAACGCAUCAGCCUCGUCGCAGGGACAAAAGCGCAAGAGAGAAGAGAAGGAUGUGAACAGCAAGAAGGUGCAAAGCGACAAACCUCCGGCGUCAAUCUACAAGAACCUACAACUGGCCGAGAAGCCCGUAUACAAAAAUCUCCAGAUCGCCGAGUCGCUGAAGGCACAAUCGAAAACGAAGAAGGCACGCAUCGACAGAUUUCAAAAGACCGAGAACCCGAAAUUCAAGAACCUGCAGAUCGCCGAGUCGCAAAAGACAGCGCCCCAAAAAGCACGAGACGACGCAGUGCAGAAAGAUGAAUCACAAAAGCAGGACUUCAGAAACAACAGACAACACAACCCGCUGGCCGCUAAGCAAAACAGGUUGCUACAAGUCCGACAGAGUCUGCCCAUCUGGCCGCAGGCUACAAACAUUCGAAAUGCCCUCCUCGAGAACCACGUCUUGAUCCUUGCCGGUGAGACUGGUAGUGGUAAAUCGACUCAGGUCCCUCAGUUCCUCCACACUUCCGCAUGGUGUACUGGACGUGUCGCCGUCACUCAGCCUCGUCGUGUCGCUGCUGUCUCGCUUGCCCGCCGUGUCGCUGAAGAAAUGGGCACACCCCUUGGAAAGAGCCCCCAGUCGCUGGUCGGUUACAACGUUCGUUUCGACGACAAUGUUGGCAAGAACAACAGGAUCAAGUUCCUCACCGAGGGAAUGUUGUUGCAAGAGAUGUUGAGAGACCCUGCUUUGGCCGAGUACAGCUGUGUCGUCGUUGAUGAAGUCCACGAGCGAAGUGUCAAUGUAGAUUUGCUUUUGGGUUUCCUAAGAGGUCUUGUUACUGGCACGGGUGAAGCGGCCAAGAAGCGAAAAGGAAAGCCCCUCAAAGUUGUUGUCAUGAGUGCUACGGCCGAUACUGAGAAGUUGAAAGACUUCUUCAGCGAAGGCUUUGGACAACCUCCAACCGUAGACAGCAUACCUACCGUGAAUGACGGUGAACCGGUCUUGGACAAGGAAGAGACAUCUGUCGAGAAGUCGCAAGAGUCAUCUGUCUUGAGCUCGAACAAGAUUUCAACGUGUUUCGUCGAGGGCAGAAUGUAUCCUGUACAGACAGAAUACCUUUCUGAGCCUACACGAGACUUCUCCGAAGCAGCCUUGUUACAGAUUUUCCAGAUCCAUCGCAAGGAGCCCAUGCCUGGAGACAUCUUGGUCUUUCUGACUGGUGGAGACGUCAUCACAAAUCUUCAACAAGCGAUCGAGGACAUGAUACCGAAUGUGAUCACCAAGGACUCUGGCCUGCCGAAGCUGCUUGUACUACCCCUGUACGCAGCACUUUCACAGGCACAACAACAAGCCAUCUUCUCACCUGCUCCUCCAAACACACGCAAAGUAAUUCUGGCGACUAACAUUGCUGAAACGUCCAUUACCGUACCAGGUGUUCGAUUCGUCGUUGAUAGCGGAAAGGCCAAGAUCAAGCAAUUCCGCAAUCGUCUUGGUCUCGACUCGCUCCUUGUAAAAGACAUCUCGAAGUCUUCCGCCAUCCAACGUCAAGGUCGUGCGGGAAGAGAAGCAGCCGGCAAGUGUUUCCGCCUGUACACAAAGUCAAACUUCGAGACCCUAGAGAAGGAUACUGUUCCGGAGAUCCUACGAUGCGACUUGAGCUCGGCAGUGCUUACCAUGAAGGCGAGAGGUGUUAACGAUGUCAUGGACUUUCCACUUUUGACACGUCCGUCAAGGGAGGCAAUGGAGCGUGCAUUGUUGCAACUACUCCAACUCGAUGCAUUGAACCCAGAAGAUGGAAACAUCAGCGACCUGGGCCGUAAGAUUGCGCGACUACCUCUGACCCCAGCGCACGGCAGAACAAUCAUAGCAGCAGCCGAUCCCGAGAUGGGAUGUCUGUUACCGGUGAUCGACAUCGUUGCUUGCUUCAAUUCAGAGAACAUAUUUGUUGAAGUCAAAGACCAAGACGCAAACGACGAGGCCAGAGAAGCACGAAACAAGCUCUCAUGCCGUCAAGGAGACCACUUGACUCUCCUCAGCGCCGUGCAAGCCUACGCAUCAGAACGCACUGACCGCAAGCAAUGGGCCAAGCAACACCUAGUCUCGCACCGCUCCAUGCAGAACGUAAUGGACGUCCGCAAACAACUCCGCGCCCAGUGCCAACAAGCCAAGCUCCUGACAAAAGAAGAACUCGCCAAUGCCGACGACGACAAUCUAGCUACCGUCUCUGAGUCCACCGGCAACAACAUCUUGAAGUGCUUCCUUCGCGGCUUCCCCACCAAUGUCGCUAGAUUAGUGCCUGAUGGCAGUUACAGGACUAUCCAUGGACACAUGGCUGUGGCUAUCCAUCCCAGCAGUGUGUUGUAUGGCAGGAAACUCGAGGCUAUCUUGUACAAUGAGUUUGUGUACACGAAUAGGACGUAUGCUCGUAGCGUCAGUGCUAUUCAGAUGAACUGGCUGGAGGAGAUAUAUUCGGGAUCGAGUUAG